CCCUCUAGGCCCUGCUGCUCUCGGUUGUCUUUUCCUGUUUGUCUCCUGGAUCCUGAAGAAGGUCUCUGGCACACCUCUGUCUGUCCAAAAACGGUAUGAAGAGACGGAGCCCAUAUUGCCUUGGAUGAGAGCCAGCUGUGUCAGAUGCUGUCACAGAGAGCUGAAGGCAUUCCUGCGAGCUGCGAUGGGACACAGUAAGGCCGUGGACACGAUAAGAAAUCUCUGCAGUGCUCCUUUUCAGUCACAACACUAACACUAGACAAUACAAACGUCCAUCAUCUAAAAUUAAUGUCAGCUGUGUUGCGGAGGCAGCCUCAAGCUGCGCCGCCAGAUCUAAGACAACCCAUGGAGGCGUGGCCUCAAUGUUUCCAACGCUGCUGCAACUGGUAACGAACAGCGAUGCCUUCUAAGGUCUCCUGCUUAUACUUGCUGACAGUGGUUUGCUGGGCCAGCGCUCUGUGGUACCUGAGUGUGUCCCGCCCUUCCACUUCCUAUGUGGGACAGCUGACUAUGCCUAUACGCAAAACACCCAAGGUGAACAAGAACUCCACGUUCAGCAACAUCCACACGCGCUCGCUCAACCCGCACGACUUCGGCUACCUCAUCAACGAGGCCAAGAAGUGCGAGGCAGAGCCCCCGUUCCUUGUCAUCCUGAUCAGCACCACUCACAAGGAAUUUGACGCGCGUCAGGCCAUCCGAGAGACAUGGGGUGACGAGAGCACGUUUCCAGAAGUGCGCGUGGUCACGCUCUUCCUGUUGGGCCGCAGCACUGAUCAUGUCCUCAACCAGAUGGUGGAGCAGGAGAGUCAGAUCUUUCAUGACAUUGUAGUGGAGGAUUUUAUUGACUCUUACCACAACCUGACGCUUAAGACACUGAUGGGGAUGCGCUGGGUAGCCACAUUUUGCUCUAAGGCUCAAUAUGUCCUCAAGACGGACAGUGACAUCUUUGUCAACAUGGAGAACCUCAUCUACAACCUAUUGAAGCCCACCACCAAGCCCAGGAGGAGGUACUUCACCGGCUACGUCAUCAAUGGUGGGCCAAUCAGAGACAUGCGCAGCAAGUGGUACAUGCCCAGGGAUCUGUACCCAGAGAGCAAGUACCCACCAUUCUGCUCCGGCACCGGCUACGUCUUCUCGGCAGACGUGGCGGAGCUCAUAUACAAGACCUCCUUACACACCAGGCUGCUGCACUUGGAGGACGUGUACGUCGGCGUGUGCCUUCGUAAACUGGGCAUCCACCCGUUCCAGAACAGCGGCUUCAACCACUGGAAGAUGGCCUACAGCCUUUGCCGCUACCGCCGGGUGGUCACUGUCCACCAGAUCUCCCCAGAGGAGAUGCACCGCAUCUGGAAUGACAUGACCAGCAAGAAACACCUUAAAUGUUAGCAGGACUUUUAGCACAAGCACCGGCAGGAGAGUCGGGGAGGAAUUAAAUGUCCUCUUAUUUCCUGCUUCUCUGUAAUUGGCAAAUACUGUAAAGCACGUAGCAUUGAGCAAGGAACAGUAUUGAUGAAGCAUCCAGGACUUUGUCCAGGCACUGAUUGCUUUACCAGGAGGCCAUGGCCAAAGCAAACUCCUCUGUUGUCUGCGUCCUCCCUUACUUCAAGGUGUUGAUGAGAGCUGCUCAGCUCAGACUCACAAAACAUGCACAAAGUUGGAAAUAUGUUUUCCAAAAAUGUGCAAAAUGUUCCGCCGGUUUGUUGUCGUCGCCAGCAGCACUACGAUUUUUAUAGGACAGGAAGCAAGGAGGCUUGUGUGAAAGCACUCAUUUAUACAAGACACAAACUGUCCCCAAUUAUUCAACUGCACAUUACAUAAAUGCCAACACACUUCUUUGAACCCAGACAUUCGCCUCUUGGGUUAAUCACAAGCUCUAAAUAUGAAUGUUCCUCAUGUAUUUUCAGUUGUUGUACUCUCUGAACAAGGUGUUAAUGUUGGAUGUACUGUCUGGCACUGCAGCAGCUGUCGUCACCGUGAGGACCAUGGUGAGUUUGCAGCGUAAUGACUCAAUUAAAUCAUCUUGGAAAGCAGCAGAAUUAAGAGCAUUAAAGGGGUAUCUUUAUCUCUAUUUUCAACCUGGACCUCAUUUUCUGUGGGGUUCUUUUUGUCAAAGUGACUAAUGGGGAUAGGUUUUGAAUUUAGUCCAGUAUUGAGUGAGAGGGCUGCAGACUACAGCAAUAGCACACCGUCAAAAUCUGUCCAUUAAAAGUGCUUGUCUUUGCCACAGCUCAGAUUGUGAUUAUAAUAUAUAUCUUAACAUAUAUAUGACAACAUUAUGGAAAGGAGCCCACAGAGAAGGAGAAGUCUCGCUCUGAGGUGACUUGUUGUAGGAUGUCAACAGUGGAAACGUGACCGCACUAAUGUCAGCCGGGUUUGUUGUGUAGGAGAACAGAAAGAAUAGCCUGUAUUUAUUUGAGCCGGAGCAUACGGAUAAGACUACAAAUUGCAGAGUGGACAAGGAGAGAAAAAAGCUUUAGACUGUGGUGUUCUGUAGGAGCUGUGACCCUAUGCCCACUAGGCCUGCACAAGAUGAGAAAAAUCUGUCACGUGCAAUAACACUGUUCAAUAUUGCGAUGACAAUAUGAUAAAUAAACAAAUAUUGAAGUGUGUAUAUUAGCUAUACAGUUAUGUCAGCCUUCUUGUCCUUAAAUUCAGAACUGGAUUAGAAUAUUUUAAAUAAAUUCUUGUUUCUAGUCAGAAACAGUAAUGUUUACAACAGCAAAGUCAUAAUAUAAACUCAAAAAUAUCUCACGGGAUACACAUCUAAAAUGUCAAUAAAAUAAAUAAUAUUCCUGACAUCAAAAUACUGAAUGAAGAAUCAUUUCAGUCAUUCAUCCUGUCCUCUGAUGUAACACUGGUAGAGAGGAGAGUCCUGGUUUGCCAGCAGCUCAGAUUAGAACAAGAAAUUGCCACAUUGUAACACAUGUGGUGAACUAAACUAGACUACAGACAGACAGCUUUUAUUUUAGCUUGUUUGUAACAAUUUGGUACUAGCUGAGCUAGCGCUGUGCUUGUGUAAAAGAGAGACUGCAGACAGAGCAGAUAUCAUGUCUCUACAGGUUUACAUGUUGAUGCUUGUAGAACAGUGUAUUGAUAAAGUAUUGGCUUUUUCCGAGUGCUUUUAUUGCACUUACGGUAACAAAUGGAGUUUUCGCUAGAGUUUUUUGUUCACUUGACUUCACUGUCUCCACUGCGGACUCUGUGAUCAGCUGUCUUUGCUCUGCUUUGUGUGUGUG